UGGGUUGGGGCAGAGGAUGGCUUUAAAAGGUCCUUUUGCACAGGAUCUGCCUCCUGUAGUGUGACAGGCAAGAAAUAGCUUAUAGCUCUUCAUCCCCACUGUGAUGCCUCCCCGGGCUGCUGCAGCCAUGAUCUGCACCAAUGUCCCAGAGCCCCUGGCCUGCAGCAUUGCCAGGGCAGCUAGAAGGGGUUCCUUCUAGCGGGACUCGCUCAGAAACCAGUGUACCUGAGCCUCUGUGGCAGGUUGGCAUGCCCAGGUGGGCAGAACUGUGUUUGUAUGUUGUGAGGCGGUUGGUGGACUGAAGGCAGACGUUGGCGAUGGCUUUUUCGGGGUGGUCUACACGCUGGCUGUGUCAUCCCUAACUCUGCCUUUUUGUAUUGGUGUUUUUUCACCUGACUAGCACGAGGUACACCGGAGCCCUUGGGAAACGUGACUUUGCAAUAAACAUUACAGCCAUGGUGUGAGGACGGGAACGUAUCUGUUCAGCUUGCUCAGUGUGGUACAUGUUGAAAGUGGAUCAAGAGAAACGCAAGCAGAACCAGCAAAGUCUUUUCUAACAUGCUGGCAUGACGGAACAUCAGUGCGGACGGACGCUGAUGUGUACGGACCCCCAGAAGAGCUGUACACACUGUUCAGAGGGAGCAGUGUGGCUUGCAGCUUACUGCUAUGGACAGUGCUAUCACCCUGUGGCAGUUCCUCCUCCAACUCCUCCAAGAGCCUCAGAACAAGAAUAUCAUCUGUUGGACCUCCAACGACGGGGAGUUCAAACUGCUGCAGGCAGAGGAGGUGGCCAGACUCUGGGGAAUCCGCAAGAACAAGCCCAGUAUGAACUAUGAUAAACUCAGCCGUGCUCUCAGAUAUUAUUAUGUGAAGAAUAUCAUUAAAAAAGUGAAUGGUAAGAAGUUUGUGUACAAGUUUGUUUCCUAUCCGGAGAUUUUAAAUAUGGAUCCACUCGUGGUGGGCCGUAUAGAAGGAGACCCUGAAAUGGCUGGUUUUGCAGAAGUUAGCAGUGCUCCAAAGGACGUGGAAAACUGUGGGAAGGAGAAGUCUCAGUCGUGUGGUAAAUCCUCCAGCCGCAAUGACUAUAUCCACUCAGGCUUGUACUCCUCUUUUACUCUGAACUCCCUGAACUCUUCCAGUGUAAAACUCUUCAGGUCCAUCAAGAUUGAGAAUCCAGCUGAGAAACUGACAGAGAAGAAACCCGCUCAGGAUCCGACACCAUCUGUCAUCAAGUUUGUAACCAUGCCCUCCAAAAAGCCUUCAUCUGUCCCCCUGGUCUCCGCCACUUCAACGGUCUCUGCCACUUCAACUGCUUCUGCCAUUUCAACUGCAUCCUCUCUUCCAGUAGCAUCAGAAGACACUCUCCAGACCUUGGAGACUCUUGUUUUACCCAAAUUAACUGCCCCUGAAGCUCCAGCACCUUUGCCAAACUUAACCACCAGCUUCACCCCAACUCCACCUGUAUCCUCGAUUUCUCCUACUCUCCAAGUUCCUUCUACACCUCCUUCGCCACCCUUGAGCUCUAAUCCUGACCUGGACAUUGACACGGACAUAGAGUCAGUGGCUUCUCAGCAGCUGGAGCAGGCUCAGAGCCUUCAGCAUCAAUCCCCAGAGCCCAAAGAGCAGGAUUCAUCUGUGCUGGAGAAGGAAUUUGCCAAUCACCUCUCCAGAUCUAAAAAACCCAAAGGGCUAGAGUUGGCUCCCACUCUGGUCAUUACAGGCAGCGAUCCAAGUCCUUUGGGGAUACUGAGCCCUUCUCUCCCAACUGCUUCUCUUACUCCAGCACUUUUCUCUCAGACUCCCAUCUUGCUGACCCCCAGCCCCUUGCUCUCCAGUAUUCACUUCUGGAGUACGCUAAGUCCGGUUGCUCCUCUCAGUCCUGCAAGGUUGCAAGGUGCUAAUACGCUCUUUCAGUUUCCGUCAGUGCUGAACAGUCACGGGCCGUUUACUCUGUCUGGACUGGAUGGACCCUCUACCCCUGGCCCAUUUUCCCCUGAUCUACAGAAGACAUAGCACAUGAACUCAUGGAAAGGACAUAUUGGCGAGCAAGGGAAAGAUAUGACACUUAUAUUUAACCAUGUUUUUUAAAUGAGCAAUUUAUAAUUCCACAGAGAUUAUCAACAGUCAUAGUUUUUGCCAUUCCCAAUUAUAAUGCCUUUUUUUGCAAAAUUCCCUUUUUUGAAGACCCAAAUCGGGAAUGUAUAUGCAAACGCCUUAAUAGGAGCCAAAGCUCCAGUCUCUUCUCUUCCCUCCUUCGUUGGAAGACUUCACUAUGGGUAAAGGGAGUUUCAGUUUAUGUUGCAGUAACUGAGUCUGCACUGAUUGCUGUAAAUGGUAUCAGAGAAGUUUUUUCUCUUUGACUCUUGGAAACCUCUGUUCUUCUGCUUCCUGUGCUUGGCAAGAAGAAAUCUAAUCAUGAUUGAAGCUGGCAUUCCAGGAAACGCUAGGGAAAGGGGUGUGUGCACUCGGCUUUGCCUUGGGGCCUGAUAACUUCUGCAGCAACAAAACAGCUCAUGUCUUAUCUGCUGUAAAAACAUCUUGUCUUUUUGCAGGGAAAAAUAUUCCUCAGUAUUCCUGGAGUAUUUCAAGGAAUACUCAAUGACGGUGUUGUUGAGACACAGACAAUUUUUGAACGGCAUUGUAUACAAACAGUCCAGCCUCUCUGGGAAGUGGGCUGGUUAGCUUCUGGAUGCUUCCCUGCCCUCCCUUCUGUGAGGAGGCAAGGCCUGGAGACAAAUGAAUGGGGGGGUUAGUUCCUUUCAGUUCUCAGAUCGUUUGAAUGCUAAAGUCCAAACAUUUCUUUUGCCAGAGACCUGUUACAAAGCCUGUAAUUUGACUGCUAGAAAAUUAGCAGAAUGAUGGAUUUUACAUGAGGUUUGGAGGGUGUGUCUAUUUGGUGAGGUUGCUGCCUGAUGCUAGAGCUUCAGACCCAAGCAGGGGUGAGAACACUUGACGUCUGAGCAUUAACGUUAUUGCUCUUUUCCCACAGCUGAGACACUUGAAUUGGAAACGUUCCCUUUCUCCCAGCUCUUUUCUCAAGUUUUGCUUUAAAUCUCUUGCUUUUUUUUUUCUAUUUGAGGAAGAACUGAGACCCAGAAAAGGUUAGGCUUAGUGUGUACAGCUAGUUGAGAGGUGUCACGCUAUAUUAGCCUUACUGUAAAUUUGUGCUUGCUUAUUUUUCUUGGUGGCUUUGUGUGUAUGGCUUAGUACAAGAUUGGUUUCCAGAGCCAUUUGAAACACUGGUGAAAUGAAAUUUGUAGAUUUUUAGAACCUCAGGAGUUCUUUUGAGAGAACUGACAAAUGAAAGAAAAGAGGUUUCCCUCUCACAGCCCCUCGGAGACUGGAUGUCUUGGUGUGUUGGCACUGGGCUUCGUGCCCUUCCACUUUGGGCAUCUGCUGUCAGGCAGCAACUUCUCUUUGCUACUCACGUAUGUACAUUGAGUUGGCGAAGUAAGAUAAUCUUCUGCAUAAACUGUCCGCUAGGAGACAGAGACCAUCUCUUUGCUUUGACAUCCUCGCUGGCUCUCUUAGGCUGAAGUUUUAAUGAGCCGAGAAAGAUUGUACCUUUAGAGCAAGAGAAGCGGGUGUUGUACUUUUUACGUAGUGCACCUGUCUUACGGAUCAACGGUGAACUAUGCUUUGGCAAGUUUUCCCUUUGCCACUUUUGCAGACUCUGAAUUCACUUUAAUGCGUGUGUAUAAUACCCUAGACUUAAUUUACUGCAGUGACGUUAUCUUUCUAUAUUCUAGCGUUGAAAUAUACAAACCACUUAGUAUGCUUUUGAUAUAAUACCCUGGAGAGUUGGGUGUAAUGGUGUUGCUUUUUGGGCAUUGUUCAUCCAGAAAGUCCCUUGUCCGGUGGGAGGUUGGAGAAAAGAAUAUGCCUGUCUGUAGGUGAGCUAGCAGGGAGUGAGCUGGUGGAGGGAACUGGGCUUCCCGUUAGGUUACGUCAGAGGCAUAAUACUGGUGCACACUUUAGACAUCAGCAGAUAGCGGAUAAAGUUCCUGUGCCGGUGGCUCUUAAAAUGACAAUGUGCAAUAUUGACUUUUUUUUUUUUUUUAAUGCAGAAAGCAAGCUGCAGAUCAUGAUUAAGAGCAGGCAUGUGGAAUUUUCUGGUUUGCAUGAUGGUUUGAGUCUGCUCUAGGAAAUAUAUAUAGCUAUGUAUAAAUAGCAGCACUUUCAAUGGUUGUAUUAGGUUGGCCAAUUUUAUACCCACUGAGUGUGUGGUCCUGACAGCACCAUUGCAGACAAGGAUUAGAAUUAAAAAUAACUAAUGAGCACUAAAGACUUGCAAUUAAAGACUUGCAAUUUAAUUGCUUCCCCUUCCUUGUCCCCUCUGGAGCAAAGCCAAGUUUAUUUGUUUAAAAGUUGUGUAUGUGCACACAUGCACUUAAUUUUUUGUAGACUGUAUCACUUUGAGUAUAGGUAUGCAAGAGAACCAAAUGCUAAUGUAGCUUGUCAGUUUUGCUUGGCCUAGUGUCAUGCUCUUCUCCAAGUAGCUUCAUAAGAUUGCACUGCCAUAGGUGGUUGAUGAGAUACACCUUCAUCUUUUCUUUGGGAAUACCUUCUUCAGAGAAAAUUAAUAUGAAAAUGCAGCCUGUAUGUGUUGGUUUCAAUCUGAUAACGUCCAACUUCCUGACAGAUAGCACUGAGAAGAUGAUUACUUUUGCUUCUUAAGCACAUGCCUAGGAAAAUAAAAGUCCCAUACAGGAUUAUAAUCACAGGAGGCAGUUGGGAAAGCAAGUUGGAAGAGUAAGCGAGAUGAGGUGGGAGAGGAGACGCUCGCUCACCUUUUUUCCAUUAUAACUUUCAGGUUACUUAAGGCAAUACUGUCUUGUGUAUGCUGCCUCAUUAAACACCCAUUUGCUAACCAGUAUGUAACUGCCAGCUUUUUUGAAUUGGCACAUUCCUGACAGAGCACAGUGUUGCUGUGACUUCCUUGGAGCUUGGUUACAUGAAUUGCUGGUGCUCUACCAGCUCACUCCUGGAGUAUUUUG